AUGUCUUGGAAGGAGUCCAACUGCCAUAAGCGCAUUCUACACAACACAGAAGCCGGUGGGUACGGAGUCAUUGCCGCCAUCGCAUACAAUAUAGAACAAGUGCUUGGACUUCUGCAGACGCUUGCUAAACGCGCAAGUGUACCCAUCAGUAUUCACCUCGAUAAUGCGCAAUCCGAAGAUAUUAUCAAGCGCGCUGCCGAGCUACCCUUCGACAGUAUCAUGGUCGAUAUGUCGCACUAUGAUAAGGAGGUCAAUCUAUCGAAGACGUGCGAGCUAGUACAAUAUUGCAACGAGCGCCAAAAGGUUACUGAGGCGGAACCGGGUCGAAUCGAAGGAGGCGAAGAUGAGGUUAUGGAUACCGCGGGAUUAGAAGCUUGUAUGACUACGGCUGAGGAAGUUGACGAGUUUGUUGCCACUGGUGUGGACGUUCUUGCACCUGCGUUUGGUAAUGUCCAUGGUGAAUAUGGACCACGAGGGCCCCAACUGGAUUUUGGACGAUUUGAGAAAAUUCGUCAGCAGGCAAAGGGCCGCGUCAAUCUCGCUCUCCACGGUACUAAUGGCUUUGAGCCAGAACUGAUGAAGCACUGA